GGUUUUGUCAAUGGCCAGCUGCCAAACCUAGUCUGCUUGCGGCCCCUGGAGCCAGCAGCUCUGUGCCCUUGGUCUCAGGCAGCAGUCCCUUUGUGGACAGGCGAGCUGGGGAGAAAAUAAAGCUGUUCUGGUGCAAUUUCCUAGGGCCUAACUGCAGAGUCAUUGGGCUGCUCUCACUUGCUUCACCCUCAUACCUUCUCUGGCUCUGGCGUCUGGGUUCCAGCAGGUUUUCCCCAAAUAAUUAAAAAUAGCAUGAAGUGCUUUUACUUUCAGGUUCAGCUUUAUGCUCAUUUCCUUUCUUAACAACCUCAGUUUGUUUUCAGCUUCUGUGGGAGAAGAAAACAGCAAGGGUGAGUUAAGAGGUACCUGGAUGCUCAUUCUUGAACAGAACAGCAAUCUAUGGCUCAGGUUUGGGGAUUCUGGUGACCUUAGUGGAUGCCUUCAACAGCGGAGCGGUUCCUUCUCUGGAGAACACGGUGAUAUCUGUGUCCUAGUGUGAGGACUCAGUGGCUCUGCAGAGUGAGGUUCCCACAGAAAUGGUCGUGGCAGUACCAGACCUGGGCUAUGGAGCAGCCCCCACGGAGCAGCCCCCCCAAAAUGACGAGGAGUUAUGGAAGAAGUACAUGAGUUUAGUGCAGAUGAAGAAGGAACUAGAGGGAAGCUGCAUGAAGAAAGAUGAGCUUCUCCAUGAAGCACGAGAAGCCUUAGCAGAGGAGCAAGCCAAAAGAGAGACAGCUGAGAAGGAAAAGCGGCUUCUUGAGAAAAGGUGUAAAAUGCUGCAGCAAAAGUUAGAGACUCUAGAAACAAUUUUCCAGGAAUCCAUGGCCCAAAUGAGAGAGGAGAUAAAGAGAGAGAGAAAAAACCUUCUGAGAGGGCAGAAUGAGAGGAUUCAGAGGCUGGAGGCCCAAAUAAAAAUCAUGACUGGUAACAAGCAACAUACUGAAACUGACUGCACUCCAAAGAUAAUGGAGAACAAUGACAGAGAAGAUACUUCGCGGCCUUCGUGGUGGCCUCAAAUUUGUGAGCUGCUACAAGAGUUGAUUUUACUAAUGGUCAAGUUUUUCUCUUGUAUAUAAUUUCAGAUACCUGUGCACAGUAUUCAGACUCCUUCCAACAACCUCUAAGAUCCUCACCUUUAUGUUGCAGACUGGUUUUUCCAUGAAGUCUUGGAUUUCCUGAAUCCUCUAAAGCGUGUUGGGUGGCCCUCCUUUGUGAUCUCAUUGUACCUAUGGCAUGAUUUUGAAAACUUAAGUUACCCAUUGACUCUGUUUCACUGAUGAUACCUCACUGCUAGGGGCAAGUUUAUCUUUAUCAUUGUAAUCUUAGUUCCUAUUUGCAUGUCCAACACUUGAUCAGUAACUGCAAAAUGAUGGUUGAACACAUUC